UGGGGCGGGGGGCGGCGGUACCGGGAUGCGGGAGCUGCUGCACCUGCCCCCCGCCCGUGGGGCCGGUCCGGAGUGGGCCGGACACGUGGCGGGGGUGGCCGGUCCCGUGAGCACACUGGGACCGAACGGAAGCCGUUCACGGGGGGCAGCGGGGGCCGUUUCGGGGCGUCGGGGCUGGCGGAGAUGGGCGCACACUGGAUCCACGGCCCCUCGCCGGGAAAUCCCGUGUUCUGCCUGGCCUCCCGCUACGGCCUGCUGGGCCCGGAGGCCGCCCGGGAGGAGAACCAGCAGGUGGAGGCGGGGGGCCACCCCCCGCUGCCGUCCGUCACCUACGGCAGCUCGGGGAAGGUGCUGAAUCCCAAGGCAGUGCGCGAAGCCCGCGACCUCUUCUACGCCCUCCUGGCCUCCACCCGCGCUUUCCAGGGCUCCAAGGAGCCGCCGUGGCCCAGCGUGGGCCAGUACGUGCGGGCAGAGAUCGCCCGGACGGUCCCCACCAUGGCGGGGGGGCAGGAGGAUGCACGGCGGCUGCAGCUGGCCGUGCUCGCCGCCUGCCUCAAGCUGGAGUGCUGCAUCAGCGGGACCCACAGCAUGGACCUGGUGGGGCUGGAGCCCUUCGGGGAGUACGUGUCGCUGCCCGGCCUGGACUGCACCUUCCCAGGUGGCUACAGCAGCUUGGCCGAGCGCCUGCUCUCGGAUCUGCCCGAGGGCACCGUCCUGUUCAACAAGGCGGUGAGGACCAUCCACUGGCAAGGGUCCUUCCGUGAGGAAGGCAGCGAUGGCAGCAGGGUUUUCCCAGUCCAGGUGGAGUGCGAGGAUGGAGAUGUCUUCCUUGCUGACCACGUCAUCAUCACUGUUCCGCUGGGUUUCCUCAAGGAACGCCAACAGGAAUUCUUCCAGCCCCCCCUUCCCGAGCGGAAAGCACAGGCCGUUCGCAACCUGGGCUUUGGCACCAACAACAAGAUCUUCCUGGAGUUCGAGCAGCCUUUCUGGGAGCCCGAGCAGCAGCUCCUGGAAGUGGUGUGGGAGGACGAGUCGCCCCUGGAGGAGCCCGACGCUGACCUGGAGGCCAACUGGUUCAAGAAGCUCAUCGGAUUCGUGGUGCUGCAGCCGCCAGAGCAGCACGGGCACGUCCUCUGCGGCUUUAUCGCGGGGAAGGAGUCGGAGCACAUGGAGACGCUGAGCGACGCCGAGGUGCUCAGCGCCAUGACCCACGUCCUGCGCACGAUGACAGGGAAUCCGAACCUGCCCGCGCCCAGGAGCGUGCUCCGCUCCCGCUGGCACAGCGCUCCCUACACGCGCGGCUCCUACAGCUACGUGGCCGUCGGCAGCUCGGGGGACGACAUCGAUGUGCUCGCACAGCCGCUGCCCGAGGACCCCCGGGACCCCCGGCCCCUGCAGCUCCUCUUCGCCGGCGAGGCCACGCACCGCACCUUCUACUCCACCACCCACGGGGCGCUGCUGUCGGGGUGGCGAGAGGCCGAGCGGCUCAACCAGCUCUUCGAGGCGCCCGUCCCCGCGCCUCAGUCCUGAGGCGGCAAAAUAAACCGCGGUGCUUUGCC